GCCGAGCGAGGGCGGCAGGCGGCUGCGGCGAGCGCAGGCACCGGCCCGGCGCCAUGGACUGGGCUGGGGAGAGCGGGAGGCCCCUCGCAGCCAUCCUGGAGUCAGAAGGUAAUGAGGAAGAGGAGGAGGAGGAAGAGGAGGCAGAAGAGGAGGAGGAGGAGGCAGAGGAGGAGGACGAAGAUACGGUGCAGCAGCGUCGGACCCUCUUCCAGGAGAUGGACGAAGCGAAGGAGAAGCUGUCCGAGUUUGAGCAAGCGUCGCAGGCGCUGCUGGCCGAGCUCUCGGCGCUGGAGACGGAGUUUGAGAUCGAGAAAGCGUGUCGCCAGCAAGCCGAGGCGUACGCGGCCCAGGUGAACCGGGAGAACGUGAAGCUCAAGCGGCUCAGCCAGGCGCUGCCGCCCGCCCCGGGGCAGCUCCCCGAGGAGGCACCCGCCGAGGAGCCCGGCCCCGACCCGGCCCAGCACUACGGGCAGCAGCUCCGAGACCUGCAGGAGAGGAUCUCCCGGCUGCUGGCCGAGAAGAAGGAUCUCACCGCUGAGGCUCAGGAGCUGCAGAGCCGCAACAGGGAGCUGCAGGAGCAGCUGGAGGAGGAAAGCAGGGAGAAGCAGGUGCUGCGGGCGGCCCUGGACAGGAACCAGCGGGCUCUGACGUCCUUCAAAAGAGUGUCGCAGAUCGUCACCCAGGACUACUGCGAGGCGGUGCAGCAGCUGGAGCUGGAGCAGGAGCUGCGGCUGCACGCCGAGGCCUUCGCCCACCAGAUGCUGGUGGAGAAGAAGGAAGCCAACAGGCAGAGCAGCAUCCUGCUGCAGAGUGUGGGGCCCAACGCCCAGCUCCUGCGGGCGCUGGAGGACGUGGGCAACCUCACCCGCGCGCUGGAGGAAGCCCAGCAGCAGCACCGGCAGCAGGUGACGGCGCUGGAGGAGCAGCUGGCGACGAGGCCGGCGCAGGAGGAGCUGGACCUGGCCCGAGCCGCUCUCGCCGCGGCGGAAGAGGAGCAAGCGCAGCUGCGGCAGCGGCUGCAGGAGGCCCAGCUGCAGCUUGCGGAGCGGGAGAAAAGAGUGCAGGAGCUGGAGGAGACGCUGGCCAGGGACCCGCCGCCGCCGACCGACCCCCCGGAGCCGCCGCCGCCACCGCCGCUGCCGCCGCCGGGCCCCACUGCCCCCGUGGAUCCCCUCUCGGCGAUCCGGCGGAGGAAGGGGCUGGCCAAGGGGAAAGGCGACAAGCCGGACGCCGACGACGUUAAAGCUCGAGCCGUGCAGGAGAUGAUGGACCGCAUCAAGAGCGGGGUGGUCCUGAGGUCGGCGAAGGACCGGGCGCCCCUGGGCCAGGGCCCGUCCACGGCAGGCAGCAAGCGGAAGAGUGCGGCGAUGGAGCUGCGGGGCAUUUUGGGCAACAUGAGGAGGACCGGCAGGACGCCGAGCUGGCGGAGGAGCAGCCUGAAGGGCCGGGACAGCCAGCUGGACUCCAUCCUGCAGCGGCGACGCAGGGCGCUGGACUCCUCCGCGUCCGCCCCGGAGCCGGCCACCACCGCUGCCGGGAGCCCCGCGCAGGCUGCGGGUGCGGGGAGCCCUUCUCGCCCCGGGGACAGCGCCGUGCGCGCGGCUCCGUCCCCCAGCCGCUGGCAGGAGAACAGCGAGGUGGUCCGGUUCCGACCCCGGUCGGCGGGAGGCCUCCCGAAGAGCCGGCCCACCGUCUGGCCGGCCGAAGGAAGGCUCAAGCCAGCGUAGAAAGAGCCACCCAAACGCCAGCCCUCCCGCCAAACGCCUCCGUAAGAAGUCGGCGGAGAAGAGCAGCCUGUCCGUACGGCCGAGGGAGACAUCGAAAAGCAACGAAACACCCCCCACCCCCCCAAAACGAGCUGCCGCCUCCCUGGGUGUCUCUGUCUGGACGUGUCCUCCAGGGCUGGCAGCACCGUGUCACCUCCCCGCCAGCCCAGCAGACAGCUCGUCGCUGGAGGCUCCGGAGCAGAAGUUUGCUAGCGAUGCAGGACAGUACUUCUUCCGUCUGAUGGGCGAUGUUCGGAGCAGCGAGAAGACGGCGAGAGCUGAAGAAGCAAGUCCAGAGUAAGGUCACUGCAGGGCUCAUCCAGGUGUGGGAGGACAGACGUGACCUGCUUCUCCCCAGACACGGACAAACGCGCCGGACGGGCCGGGCAGGGACGGCGGCAGGCGGGUGCUGCCUUGAGGACCUCUGCUGCAAGCGGUUGCGCUGGUUUUCGACCCCACCCUGUAUCCUCCCGUGCUUUGAUUAAAAGCGAGGCUGCGCCGGGCU